AUGGCGAACAGGAAGAGCAAGAAGAAGAGGAUUGAGCUGGGGAUCUCCUGUAUGCUGAACACGGAAGUCUCCUCUGUCCUCGCCCUGCUCCGCCGCCCGACGGCAGACCCCACGGCGACGCAAUUCCUCUCUCAGGAGGAAAAAAACUCCGACACCGCGCUGUCGGCGCCGGCGAACCCUCUCUGA